UCCUGACUCACGGGGAGCAAACUUCUCUCUCUCUUUCCAGCACUUUCUUCUCUCCGACAGUCUCCUCUGCCGGCUCACUCCAUCCACUCCGCCUCUCUUGAUUUCUGCUCCUUCACUCGCUCUCUGCCGACAGGUUGUUUUUUUCUUUUUUCUUUUCCUAGACACUUUUGGGGCUCGGGCGCGCACGCUUUCGGGCUCCUCGUGCCGGCGUGCGUGUGCGCGCGUCUCCGCGCGUGUGUCUGGCGCGUGUGCGUGCGUGCGUGCGUGCGAGCGUGCGAGUCAGUAUGCCAUGUCGUCCCCCGGCUCGUCGUUUGUGCAGAUAAAGCACGAGGACCUGCUCUUCUACGAGAACUGUGGAGGAGGCAGCUUCGGGAGCGUCUACAGAGCCCUCUGGAUAUCCCAGGACAAGGAAGUGGCCGUGAAGAAGCUUCUGAAGAUUGACAAGGAGGCUGAGAUACUCAGUGUCCUGAGUCAUAAGAACAUCAUUCAGUUUUAUGGAGCCGUGCUGGAAUCUCCCAACUAUGGCAUUGUCACAGAAUAUGCGAGUGGAGGGUCUCUGUAUGAGUACCUUUCCAGUGAGCAGAGUGAGGAGAUGGACAUGGAGCAGAUCAUGACAUGGGCCAUACAGAUAGCCAAAGGGAUGCAUUACCUCCACGCAGAAGCUCCAGUCAAAGUCAUUCACAGAGACCUGAAGUCACGGAACGUGGUAAUGACAGCAGACAAAGUGCUGAAGAUUUGUGAUUUUGGGGCAUCUAAGUUUCUCUCCCAUACCACCCAUAUGACAGUGGUGGGCACUUUCCCCUGGAUGGCUCCUGAAGUCAUCCAGAGCCUGCCUGUGUCCGAGACCUGUGACACCUACUCCUAUGGCGUAGUGCUAUGGGAGAUGCUGACUCGGGAGGUUCCUUUUAAAGGCUUCGAAGGGCUGCAGGUUGCAUGGCUGGUGGUGGAAAAACAAGAGAGGUUGACCAUCCCCACCAGCUGUCCAGCAAGUUUUGCUGAGCUGAUGAGGAAAUGUUGGCAAGCGGACCCAAAGGAGCGUCCACAGUUUAAGCAGGUGCUGGGAACCCUGGAGACAAUGGCCAAUGACAGCAGACUACCGGACCAGUGCAACUCCUUCCUACAUAACAAGGACCAGUGGAGGUGUGAAAUUGAGUCGACCCUGGAGCGCCUACGGAAGCUGGAGAGGGAACUUUACUCCAAAGAGAAGGAGCUGGAGGAGAGGGAGAGGAGGCUCAAACUGUGGGAGGAGAGGCUGAUGGAGAGGUCCAAUAUGACUCCCAGUCCGACCUCCCUACUCAUGGAGCGCUCAAACAUCUCACCAUUCUUCACACCAAUGUCCAUUGGUUCCUCUGGUUCUUUCUUCCGCUCGCACUCUCAGGACUCCAACAGUACAGGGGUCAGCAGUGCUGGUGUCAGCUGUCUCCUCCGCACCCUCAGCAACGGGGACACGGAGAGGGGGAGCAGUGUGGUGCUGGAGAGGGGGAUGGGUUCGCUCGACAGCGGGAGGCUCCACGCCAUGCUCCGAGGGUUGCAGGGGAGGUUCGGAGAGGAGGACGAGGAAGAGGAAGGAACCCUGGAGGAGAAAGGCUGGGGAAAGAGGGAGAGAGAUGAUAGUGGGAGCAUGGAGGGAGGAAGAGUGCAGGUGACACUCCGGAGCUUCCCAUGUGGCGUAGUGGAGAGAGAGGAGAGGACCUGGGAGGAGGGGGACAUGGAGAGAGGAGGCAGGCAGAGGAGCCGGGUGACGACCAUAGUCCGAGGAUACUCAGGUGGGUUUGGAGAGGCAGAAGGUGAGAGGGAGAAGGACGGAGGAUGGGAAAUAGAAAAACCCGGGGACAGGCUCACAGAGAGAGGGAUCGAGGGAGGAAUUGAAGGAGGGCGGCUUCCGACCAUGUUUAAGGGUCUCCAUGGGAGUUUGGGAGGCUUGGGAGACAUGCUGUCCUUAGACAUCGAUGAGAUGGGCGAGAUGGAGAGACUAGGUGACAUGGACAUGAACAUGGGUGACCUGGGAGUGAAGGUGGUAGGUCAUGGAGUCAGGAGUGAGCUGGGGGUCAGGGGUCGCAGGAGUGACAUGGGAGUCGUAGUCCAGGGAGUCAGAGGUGACCUCAGCGAGGCCAUCAGCCAAAAUAUUAGAGGUGAAGUAGGGGUCGUUGGCCACUCGGGGGUGCAGGUGAGCAUGCGGGCUUCGUCCAAUCAGAACUCUGUGAAGAGCUGCAGUGUGCGGCAUGGAACCAAAAUCAACAUGGCUACCGCAGCCAUGGACAUGAUGGAGCUCGACUGGUCUGACAGUGACUAGAGAACACAUUAGCACACACACAUACACGCACAGAAAACAAACAUAGAAAUACACACAGAGGCCAAACUAGAAAGAUUUUGACUUGUUAGCACAUACAAUAUCUGAGCUACAGUAUGUGCAUUAGAAUCUCCAGUUGAAAAGAGCUGGUAUACACACAUUUCUUUUGUUAAAUUUUUUUAUUGAAUGGAUGAAUAUUACACCCAUGUGUACUGUGAAGUAGGAAGGAGCAAAAAGACAAUUAGAGGCUGUCUUGUCAUGUUGACAGAAUGAUUUCACCUGUGUAAUUUAAUGUGCUAUUAAAACUGCUGCAUAACAUACUGUAAGAGGUACAAGUGUUAAAAAAAUAACACACUUGAAUGCCGCUCUAAUGAGGCAGCACUGUCUGAUUUUUUUUUCCUCCUGCUUAUAGGGUAUCUUGUUAGUUUGUAGAUUUGAUUUGUUCAAAACAAGCUUUGACUUCAUCAGUUCUAACUGUGAUCUAGUGUGUGAAUUUUUGGCAUUUCUCUCUGUAUAUUUUAUCAUUUUUCAAUAAAAAGAAAAGAAAAUCUGA